CCUGUCCUUCAUUGCUCUGCCAGCUGGAUAUUUUUUUUUGCUGUUUGUUUUGACCUGACUGACCCACCUCACAAAAAUGAGGAGCUAAUUACAGAAAGCCUUUAUCAGGUCAUGCUUGUUUUCAGUUGAACUCUAACCUGGCCAUUGCUAAAAUGUGGCUCUACAAAGAUGUAGUGGGAUUCCUGUGAAUUGAUUGGCUGUAUAAUGCUUGCUCCUCUGCAUUUCCAGCUGGUUCCAUGUCCCUGCAAGCUCUUCACUACAAAUAGGACUCUAUGGCUUUGUUCAAGAUAACUGGGCACUAGCAGACAGAGCCACUUCGACUGCCUUUGGGGGAAAAUACUGCUGUGUGUGAGAGAAGCUUUUGCAGCGCUUCUGGAAGAAGGGAAAACCAGGAAGACUAUGGCUGUUAUCAGAAGUAAAAAUGCAAAAAUACUACAGCUCUGCUACCUAGCCUUAAAGGAAAGAAGAUUUAUUAUUGACAAAUAAACGGUGAUAUGCUCCUAACAAUACACAGUAAACUGGAAACCUCUUCAUUUACAUCGGGCAACACUCCCAGCAUCCAGAAGAAAGACACCUCUGUAAUAGCUGCACCAGGAGCUUUUUACGCUGUGCAGCCCAAAAGCCACGGAUGACCUAGAUACUGGUGCUGCAAGAUGCACCGAUGCUUCCUGAUGCCUUUAGUGUUGUCUCGCUCGACACUGCAGUGCAAGGAACUUCAAUCACCGCGGCGGAAAAUCUGCUCUGCCGGCUGCAGGAGAAUUUUCAGGCUCUGACGGAAAAGUUAACGCUGAGAAUGGAAGAAAUGGGUGAGCGCAUCAAUGACCUUGAGAAGCGUGUUGCUGACCUGAUGACAGAGGCUGGGGUAGAAAACAGCAAUGAAGAGUUGGGAGUAAAGACAUUUACUUAAGUUUUUCUGUUUUAUACAUUUCCACUUAGUUUUGAGUGAUGGGACUGAAAUGAGGAUGUGUUUGAGGAGGAUUAAAGGGAGAACAGCACAGCACUGACUCUGAGAUUCUACAGUCAAGUGUCACACUGACAAAAAAUGUUAAGAGAAAACAAAUGUGUUUGCAUCAUGUCAUAACAGAACCUUGAAAAAAAGAUUUUAAACUAUUUCUCCAGGAAAAAAAUAGAAAGCUGUGUUUGUUCAUCGAAGUGGGGCACUGCAUUUCCUGAAGCUGAUAAAGAACUGUUAGUUUCAGAGAAGGCAAAGCCACUAUUUUGCAUAGAAAACUAUAUCCUAUAUAGUGAACUUACCCAAUCACAAAUGUUUUCAAUGUAUGAAAAUGUAUUUAUUUCAAUAUUAAAAUAAUAUUUGUUGCCUUUUUAGCUUGUAUGCUCUUAGCAUAAACCAUUCUGUAUUAAAAAGAUGACAGUA